AUGCACUUCACCAAGAACACUCUCAUGCUUCUCGCCAGCUCGACGGGCCUCGCGUCCGGAGCCGCUGUUGGCCCGUUCUACCCACACAGCAAACCGGCUGCCGGCACUCCGGUUCUGGCAAAUGCGCCUUACCCGAACACCACCAUUGCCGGUAUCACUGUUAUCGACACCCCUAUUGUCCGCUUGGCUCAGGAGUACACUCGCAACCACAGCACCGAAGCUGUCUACAAGCAUCAAAUGCGAUCUUGGAUCUUCGGAUCUAUCAUCAUCAACGCCAACGAGACCUUGAAGAACAGCGUCGACAUCGAGGUGCAAGCUAUUGGCGCCAUCCUACACGACCUUGGCUGGGACACGUCGCCCAACUCCCCGGUCUACACCUACGACCACCGGUUCGAAGUUGACGGUGCCAUCGCUGCCAGAAACUUCAUCGAAAAGUACGGUGAUGAGAACUGGGACGCUCGCCGCACGCAGCUUGUAUGGGACGCCAUCGCCCUCCACACCACUCGCACGAUCUCCUACUACAAGGAGCCCGAGGUCCAGCUUGUCGGCAUGGGUAUCGCCGUUGACUACGACAAGGCGGGUGCUGGUAUCACUCUCCAGAACUUCAACGACGUCAUCUCGGUCUUCCCUGACGACGACCUGAAGAAGGCCACUAACGAUACCUUCAUCUACAUCUGCGCGACGAAGCCGGCUGAGACAUACGACAACCAGCUCCAGCCGUGGGGUGAGCGAUACGUCGCGAACUACUCGACUGUCGGUAACUUGAGAAUCGACAACAUCUUCGCAAACCUAUAA